AUGCAUCACCAUCACCUGGCCCUCGCCGUGGCGUGUGCUGCGGGCGCCCACGUAGCUCACGCGCAGUUUGGCACGGGCAUCUCGCCACUCCUCUUCCCUCUCCUCGAGAAUGUCGACUCGAACGACCUCUUCCCCGUGGACACCUGUGGCGAUGGCUUCCAGCUCGAGGAGGCAACCAUUGACGACAUGCAGCGGGCCAUGGAGGCCGGCGCGCUGACCUCCCACCAGCUUGUCCUCUGCUACCUCCAACGCACCUAUCAGACCCAAGAGUACACCAAGUCUCUACUACAGUUCAACCCUGACGCCUUUGCCAUUGCCGCCGAGCGCGACGCCGAACGCGCCGCUGGUAAGGUUCGUGGACCUCUCCACGGCAUCCCCUUCACCGUCAAGGACAACAUCGCCACCAAGGACAGCCUCGAGACCACCGCCGGGAGCUACGCCCUUCAAGGAAGCAUCGUUCCCCGUGAUGCUCACGUCGUCGCCCGCCUGAGGGAGGCCGGCGCCGUCCUCUUCGGCAAGGCUGCUCUCUCUGAGUGGGCUGACAUGCGCAGCAACAACUACUCCGAGGGUUAUUCAGCUCGCGGUGGCCAGGUUCGCAGCGCCUACAACCUGACUGUCAACCCCGGCGGCAGCAGCUCGGGCAGCGCUGUGGGGGUUGGCUCGAACGCCAUCGCCUUCUCUCUUGGCACUGAGACCGAUGGCAGUGUCAUCAACCCCGCCAUGCGCAACUCUCUUGUUGGCUUCAAGCCCACUGUCGGGCUCACCUCUAGGGCUGGCGUCAUUCCCGAGAGCGAGCACCAGGACUCCGUCGGCACCUUCGGGCGCACCGUUCGUGAUGCUGUCUAUGCUUUUGAUGCCAUCUGGGGCAUUGACCCCCGUGACGAGUACAGUCUCGCUCAGGAGGGCCACACGCCCGAGGGUGGUUACACUCAGUUCCUGACGACCAAGGCGAGCCUCAAGGGCGCCGUCUUCGGCAUUCCCUGGAAGAGCUUCUGGGUCUAUGCGGACGACGCCCAGAAACGCGUCCUCAACAGCUUGAUCUGCAGUCUCAAGGAUGCCGGCGCUAAAAUCGUCAACAACACGGAGAUUCUCGACUACGAGACCAUUGUCAGCCCGCACGGUUGGGACUGGGACUACGGUUCCUUCCGCGGUUUCCCCAAUGAGUCCGAGUACACCGUCGUCAAGGUCGACUUUUACAACAACAUUAAGACAUAUUUGUCUGAACUCGAGAACACGAACAUUCGCUCCCUCGAGGAUAUUGUCCAGUACAACUAUGACAACGACGGGUCCGAGGGUGGGAAUCCCUGGCCCCUUGGUAACCCGGGCUUCUACUCUGGCCAGGACGGCUUCCUUGCCUCGCUCGAGACCAAGGGUAUCAAGGAUGAGACGUACCUCCAGGCCGUUGAGUUCACCGGCCGCUCUACUCGUGACGGCAUCAACCAUGCUUUGAGCCUCGGUCCCAAGGGGACCAAGCUGAACGGCCUUCUUGUGCCUCCUGACGUCGGCCAGAGCUAUCAGAUUGCCGCUCAGGCCGGUUAUCCCGUCGUCACGCUUCCCGUGAGCGUGCACGAGAGCACAGGCAUGCCCUACGGCCUUGCCAUCAUGCAGACAGCCUACGGCGAGGCUGAGCUGGUCAAGUGGGCCAGCGCCAUCGAGGACCUGCAGCUUACUUCCGGCACGCCUCUAAAGAGGUCGCUGCCCAAGUGGUACGGCUACCUCGAGAGGAACAUUCCCAUCAACAACGUUUGA